AUGGCCGACUCGACCGAGCAGUCAGCUGCCGCGCAGCUCUUGCAACAGCAUCUGGAGACAGCUUCCGACGCCGGCUCCUCCCACCGCGUCCUUGUCGAGGAGGUUGAGGACGAGGACCUUCACAAGCCCGUCUCUAGCUCAGACACUCCCGCCGCGCCCAAGCCCGCUCCCAAGCCCAAGACGCUCGACACGCAAUCCCGCGAGCUGUUCCCCGAGCUGGGCGGGCCCAAGCCCAAAGCGAGUGUUGUUGCCCCCAUCUGGGGUGCCAAGAGCAACGCCAAUGGAAGCACCAAUGGCGCCGCUCCGGCCAACGGCACUCCGCAGACUUCGGCACCGCCUUCCGGUGUUAGCACCCCGAUCGGCUCCGGACGGCAAGGGCCCGGGCCACAUCCGUUGAGCAUCCCGGGUCGCAAUGUCGAAACUAUGUUGCUUGACCCGCCCCACAUCCUUCCCAGGACUCAGCUCAAGCGUCCUCUUCCCGAUAUUCUGAAGGACUUGAACCGCAAGGCUCGCGCCAACGUGACCAUGCACGCCCUGGGUAACGGCCAGCUCAGGUUCGACGCUGUUGGUCCCCAAGAGCAUGCCACCCAGGCGCUCAAGGACUUGGUUAACCAAAUCGGCACCAAGCAAAACAUCACCGUUCAGAUCCCGUCGUCGGCGAGGGCGCACAUUAUCGGCAAGGGCGGUUCCACCAUCAAGGCUAUUCAGGAGAAGACCGGAGCGAGAAUCCAGCUACCGAAGGCUGACGAGUCCCAGCCUCCUGCAGACGAGGACGAUGAUACCAUGAUCAACGUCCACAUCGAGGGUAACGCCUUUUCUGCUGCAGCAGCUCAGCAGGAAAUUGAUAAGAUUGCCGGUGAGCGCGCCGCCAACGUCCAGACCAAGUUGCGCAAUAUCCCCGCCGAGUUCUACCCAUUCAUUGCCGGACCCAAGAACAACCUGGUACACAAGCUUGAAGAAGACAUGGGAGUUCAGAUUCGCGUUCCUCCCUUCCAGGGACAGUCCCUGCAACCCCCCAGUGUCCCUGCUCCUGGGCAACGCCCCAUCUUUGCGCCUGCUCCUCAGGACUACAACAUUCAGCUCGCCGGUGAGCGUACCGCUGUUCAAAAUGCGAGGGCCGCCAUUGAAAGACGUGCCGAGGAGCUUCGCCGUCAGCUCGCUCUGGAGCAGCUGUCGAUCCAGCGUGGCCGUCACCAGUUCAUUAUCGGAGACAGGGGUGUGCCUGUUGACCAGUUCUUCGAGGACACCGGUUGCGCCAUCAUUCUCCCUAACGAUGAGGAUGAUGACAUGGUAACCAUUAUUGGACCCCAAGACCAGGUUCAGGCUGGUCUCGAGAGGGCCAUGGACCUCGCUAUGAACAUGCAGUGCUCCAACAUCGACAUCUCCAGAUUCCACCGUCAGGCUCCUGGAGGCGCUGCGGCCCAUGCCCGCAACGUGACCCGCUAUCUUCGUCAGCGGAAGGCCAUUGAGCAGCUCGAGAGGCAACACAAUGUCCAGGUGAACACUCCUUUCUCGAGCGAGGGCGCUUUGCCUUGGGAGCUUUAUGCUCGUGAUGGCAAGAACGCCAUUAGGGCCCAGUCCGAAAUCAAGGGUCUUGUGGACAGCCACCCUCCCGCUCGUAUUCAGGCUGUUCAGGUUGAUCCUUUCUUCCACACUUACAUCCGCAAGGAUAUUACUCCCCGUGUCAGACAUGAUUACAGGGUGCAGUUGGUUGUCCCUGAGACUACUGAGGCCAACGCCCCUGUUCUCUUGGUGUAUGAGGGACCUUCUAACCCGACUAGCUACGAGAUUCCUCGCGGUCAGCCUAGCCAGUCCGAGGUCAGCGAGAUGCAGAAGUGGUUGCAGGACGCCCGCCAGCACAUCAUCGGCCUUGUUAACCAGCAAGAGGAGAUCAUCCAGGCCUCCCUGGAUGUUCCCCAGAAGUACCACGACAAGCUUAGGAAGUUUAUUCGGAAGGAGCAGGAUGAGCGCAGAAGCCAGGAGAAGAUCCCCGCCCGUGUCUCUAACAUCGGCACCACGGUCAACAUCAAGGGCCCUCGUUCUGCUGUCGAGAACCUUGCUUCCAAGUGCGAGGCCUUCAUUGAGCAAGAGAAGGCUGAUGAGAAGGAGCGUGGCUUCACUUUGGAGUUUGAAUUCCCGCAGAAGUUUGCUAACCACCUGAUUGGCAAGGGCGGUAGCAACAUCCGUGAGCUCCGUGAGAAGUUCGAUGUUGAUAUUCAGGUUCAGGACGGCAAGGUCGAGCUUAAGGGUCCCAAGGCCAAGGCUGAGGCGGCCAAGACCCACAUCCUUGCUUUGGGCCGUCAACUCCAGGAUGAGGCCACUCACAUCCUCAAGAUCGACCCGCAGUUCCAUCGGGCCUUGAUCGGUGCUCAGGGUGCACAGAUCAACCGACUGCAGACUCGCUACAAGGUCUUGAUUUUCUUCCCUCGCACUCAAAAGGCCUCCAACGACGACGAGUCUGUUGCCGAGGCUUCUGAUGCCGGCAAGCCGCGCCGCCAACAGGCUGCUGACGAAGUCAUGGUGCGCGGACCUAAGCGUGGUGCUGACGAGGCUCGUGACGAGUUGCUCUCUUUGUUGCAGUACCUGAAGGAUACUUCCUACACUGCUACCGUCACUGUCCAGCAGAAGCAGAUUCCUUCGCUCAUUGGCUCUGGUGGUGCUGCUCUCGAUGCGCUCCGUAACGAGACCAAGGCUGUCAUCGACAUCCCCAGCGCUCGCGACACCGCCGACGGCCUUGUUGAGAUUCAGAUCAAGGGCACUAAGGAGGCCGUUGCUGCUGCCAAGAAGGCCUUGGAGGCGAAGAAGGCCGUCUUUGAGGAUACCGUUGUCAAGACUGUCGAGGUUGACAGGAAGUACCACAGGAGCCUCAUUGGCGCAGGUGGCUCUACCAUCCGUGACAUUGUUGUCAAGGCCGGCGGCUCCGACGAUCGUCGCGAGAUUGCUCGUGCUGUCCAGUUCCCCAAGCAGGACAACAGCGAUAACACCAUCAAGAUUGAAGGUCGCACCUCGGUCGUCGACAACAUCAUUCAGCAAAUCGAGGCUAUCGUUGCUGAGCGCCAAAACCAGGUUACCGAGGUCAUUGAGGUCCCUGUCGAGAAGCACAGAUCUCUCAUCGGCCGUGGUGGCGAUGUCAAGCGCGGUCUCGAGUCACAGUUCAAGGUCUCCAUCGACGUCCCUCGCCAAGGCAGCGGCCAGACGGGCAUCAAGAUUGUCGGCCAGUCUGCCGAUGUUGAGAAGGCCAAGGCUCACAUCCAGUCCUUGACGAAGGAUCAGCCCGGCGAGACUCUUCAGGUCCCCCGCGCUCUUCACCAUUCGGUCUCCAACAACGGUCAGAUUUUCAGGAGGCUGAAGAGCGACCACCAUGUCACCGUCGACCAUGCGGGCCAUUCCAUUCCCGCCAAGCCCGCUGCCCCUGCGAGCAUCCGUGCAAAUGGCGGUGCUCUUCCAUUGAUUACUGAUGACGAGGAGUCGACUGCUGACGCGCACUCCUGGACUGUUGUUGACCAGACCUCGACCGAGGAGGGUGACAUCCCCUGGGUUAUCCGCGGCUCUCCCGAGAACAUUGAGAAGGCCAAGAAGGUCAUCGAGACUGCGAUUGAGCAGGCCAAGAAGGAGGAUGCCAUUGGCUACCUCAUCUUGCCCGAUCCCAGGACCUAUCGCUAUGUGAUCGGCCAGGGUGGCACCAAGGUCAACCAGAUCCGCAAGCAGAGCGGCUCCAAGAUCACUGUCCCCCGCGACCAGGCCAAGGGUGAGGCUAUCGAGGUUGUUGGUACCAAGGAGGGUGUUGAGAAGGCCAAGGACUUGAUCCUGGCUGCCGUCAAGGAAGGCCAGAAUGCGAGCAGGUCGCCAAGAGAGUAG